UCGGCAGCAGAGUGGGGCCAGCCCAGCCCUGCGAGGCCCGGCGUGCCAGCGGAAGCCAUGGCGCUGGUGGUUCACAUCCUCGCCUGCCUCCUGGGCACCGGCUCGUGGGUGGCCAUCAACGGCGUGUGGGUGGAGCUGCCCCUCAUUGUGCCCCGGGUCCCGGAGGGCUGGUACCUGCCGUCCUACCUCACGGUGCUGAUCCAGUUCGCCAACGUGGGGCCGCUCUUCGUCACCCUCAUGCACCACUUCCAGCCCGGGCGGCUCAGCGAGGCCGGCACCAUCUACACCAUCGUCAGCCUCGGGGCGCUGGCCUGCGUCCUGCUGGCCUUCUUCUGGCAGGCGACCAGCGUGGUGGGGGGCACGGCCCGCAGCACCGCUCUCCUCGUCCUCCUGUUCUUCCUCUCGCUGGUGGACUGCACCUCCUCCGUCACCUUCCUGCCCUUCAUGCUGCGCUUCCGGGCCCGCUACCUCACCACCUACUUUGUGGGCGAGGGGCUGAGUGGCCUGGUGCCCGGCCUGGUGGCCCUGGCCCAGGGCGUGGGGGUGGCCCGCUGCGUGAAUGGCAGCCUGGCAGGGAACGCCUCGGGCACGGGGCUGCGGGCAGAGUACCAGCCGGCCAGGUUCUCCGUUCGCCUCUUCUUCCUCUUCCUCGGCGCCAUGAUGGGCCUGUGCCUCGCCGCCUUCGUCCUGCUCAACCACCUCCCGGCCGCCCGGCAGGAGCGGGCCAAGGAGCGGUUCCGGGCCCAGGCCCGGGUGGAGGCCGGCGCAGGCCUGCAGGCCGUGGUGGAGGAGCGGCCCAUGAUCGGCCCCACCGAGAGCCGCCGGCUCAGCAGCUACUUCGGCACCGGCACGUACUCCUGGCCCCAGGUGGCCUACAUCUUCCUGGUGCUGGCCUGGGUCAACGCGCUGACCAACGCCGUGCUGCCCGCGGUGCAGUCCUACUCCUGCCUGCCCUACGGCAGCUCGGCCUACCACCUCUCGGCCACGCUGGCCGCCAUGGCCAACCCGCUGGCCUGCUUCAUCGGCAUGUUCCUGCCCAACAGGCGUUUGCUGCUGCUCGGGCUCCUGGCCGUGGCCGGCUCCGGGUUCGGCUGCUACAUCAUGGCCGUGGCGGCGCUCAGCCCAUGCCCGCCCCUGCUGCACAGCCACACCGGAGCGACGCUCAUCGUGCUGUGCUGGGUUCUCUUUGUGGGCUCGCUGUCCUACGUGAAGCUGAUGAUCGGCAUGAUCCUGCGGGACGAGGGGCACAGUGCCCUGGUGUGGUGCGGGGCCGUGGUGCAGCUGGGCUCCAUGCUUGGGGCCCUCACCAUGUUCCCGCUGGUCAGCGUCUACAGCCUCUUCCGCUCCGGAGACCCCUGCACCACCCGCUGCCCCAGCUGAGACCCGCCGCGCAGCCGGGGGGACGCCGGGGCUGCCAGCUCAGCCCUUGGACACUAGUCCUACUGGCCCAGCACCGCCGCCCUCUGCUGUGUGAAAUCAGAACUGCGCCAGCCACCAUCAUCAGGCCUAUACUGCUACCAGCUACUGGGGAUUCGCCAUUAGCUCAAGUAGGUGCGACUGGGCUGAGGAGCUAGGGUUUUUGACCUCUGCACUUGCUGUCACUGUGGUGCAGGGAGUGGCCAGUGUGCAGUGCAGAGAUAACUCGCAUGGCCUAGAAGGCCACAGAUGUGUUUGUUCCACUCAGGUUAUUACACUGUGCCCACCACCCUGGCAUCCUGGGGACAAUUCUAAGCACUGAGCAGGAGCCUCUCCAUUAACCCCCUGGUAGAGCAGGAUUAUGCCCAUUUUACACAUGGGGAAACUGAGGCACUGGGAAGGGAAGGGACUUGCCCACGGUCACCCAGCAAGUCAGUGGCUGAGAUGGGACUAGAACCCAGGAGUCCUGCCACCCGCUGCGGUGCAGGAUGACAGGAGCAGCCCCGUGCCUUCCGAGCUCCCCAUCAGCUGGGCACUGGACCAUGUCACCGGGCUGCGCUCGUUCAGCUGCUGAGCUGCCUGGUAAAAGCUGCUCCAGGGAACAACUCCCCCUCCCCCAGGGGGUGUGAAACAUCCGAGCCCGGGUGGGCUGGAGCCUGCUCCCCGGCCAGCUGUCCUGGCUGAGCCUGUCCUGGCCAGUGUGGGGGCAGAGUGGCAUGGCCUCCCUGCUUAGAAUAAAGGUCGCCGGGUGUGAUGUGUAUGAAACCCUUUGGUCCUGGAGUUUGUCCCCUCUAGCAGCUGCAACUGUUCCUUAUUUUAUACCCUUCUUGGCCCACGUGCCUGGCAGACGCCAGCCCAGGCAUGUCCUGGUGGCCCCGAGUCACCGGCACUGCUCAGUUCCCAGGGUGUGGUGCUUGCUCAGCUGUCACACAGUUGAUUAACGGGUGGUCACUGGUCAACACCCACCUGGGCAGGGAUCUUUUUCAUGCCACUAGGAAACUCACAGCAUGUUUUAGUAACACGCCUCCAGCACGAGCUCAUCACUUUAGACACAUUGGGACCAGAACCGUGGGGUUCAGCAGCUCAUAAGAACAUAAGAAAGGCCGUACCGGGUCAGACCAAAGGUCCAUCCAGCCCAGUAUCUGUCUACCGACAGUGGCCAAUGCCAGGUGCCCCUGAGGGAGUGAACCUAACAGGCAAU